AUGGCCCUCAAUGAGAACCCAUCGUUGGCGAACCAGUCGGCGCCGGUCAAAAAGUUCAAAUGUUUACGGUGUAAAAAAGAUACCUUCAAGUCUGCUAUAGGGCUUGCAAAACAUCAGGAUGCCCUAGGCCACCACAACGUUGUUUGUCUCGUAUGCAACAAGGAGUUUGGCACCGAAAAAGGCCGGGAUGAUCACCAGAGAUCAUCCCACGACCGACGCCGCGUACCUAGGAAGAAGAAGAAGGCUGUCCCUAACUUAGUGACCCCUGCACAAGGCUCUUCGACGCAGCAAGAACAGCAGCAGGGCAAUCAACAAGUGCAGCAGCAGGAGCAAUGGCAACAUGAACACGAACAACAACAGCAGCAAGUACAGUUGGUCGUGGACAAAGGUGUAAAGAGGACAGCUAUCGGUAGGGCGUAG